AUGGACCUCAGCGAUGACGACUUCGAGAGACCAUCAUGUGCAUCUCCAAGAUUAAAAUCCAAAAAAUGUAGCAGGAAGAACCGUAUGGACGGAUAUGUCUCUGAUUCAGGAUCUGAGAACAGAACAACCAAGAAAAGGAAAAAAGGCAGGAAAAACACAAAGGAUGCUAAGGCCAAACAGAAUAUUGGGUUCAAAUGUUCCCCUCACUUGUUGGUCGAUCUGGUGAGGAACCUUGACACGGAUCAGAGGAAAUGGGUUGAGGAGAUUGGCUUUGCGGUAUUUCUUUCCAUGCCAAAUUGCAGGCUCCCUAAGGACUUGACUGUCUGGCUAGUUAACCAGUGUAGUUGGAAGGACAAAGCUCUUAUUGUACGUGGUAGACCAAUCAAAAUCAAACCCUUUAUCAAGAAAUUGUUAGGUAUCCCUGAUGGUCCAUAUGCUGUUCCUUUGCCACGUAGCAAACGUGGGAAAGUCAAGGGGUCCACGGAUGAAGAUAAAGAACUAAAGGAAGAGAAAGGUGCUAGGUGUUUGAGCUCUAAGUCCACACUAGAGUCUCUAGUAGCGACCCAUGACCCGGAACAAUUUAAAAGAUCUUUCAUGCUCUACGUCCUCUGUAUAUAUCUCGCUCCAUCAAGUGGACACUAUGUCAACCUUAGCUACUCCCCAAUUGUCAACAAUGUUGAGAUUAUUAAGGACAUGAAUUGGUGUGACCAUGUAGCUGAUGUGCUCAUUGAAGGUAUUCGGGAGUAUAGAGAAUCGAAGGCUGCUAAUGUCAACGUGCACGGGUGUGUUCAUGUUUUGAUUCUCAUUUAUAUUGAUGUUGUUAAAUCUGCCAUUUUGAAAGUCCCCCACGGAGACCCUCGUGCAAUCUAUGUUACAACUGAUAUGCUGGACCUUCUAGAUUUGACUGAUUUGAAGUGCAGAACAGCUGAUGGCCCAGUGUAUGGGAAGCUAGAGAUGGACGAGUCUACUUACGCGGACGAGUGCAACCAUGGCAACACAGCAACAUCAAGCUCACAUGAUGUAGGUGCAAAAAAUGCCAGUGAUCCUUGCAGCCAUAGCUUGCCCGUCAUUCAUGUUGACGAGGUUUUCCUCAAUGGAAUUAUGGAAAUCGACGCGCAGUUUGUCAAAGCAAGGGAUGAAGUCUAUGCAGAAUCUUUCAAAUCAUUGUCAGAGAUGAUUAUGAAGAUUGAUUCCGAACGAGCAUCUGCCAUUCGUUCUCUCCACGAGAAAUUGUAUUCUGCACAGGCAGAUUCUUCAUCAAACGCACAAUCUUCUAUUCCAGUGACAACAGUUCCUGACAUCGUCCAUCCUACUUAUGUUGCCGGCAGCAUAGUGGACGCUCAAGCCCAUGCCUUGCAGAAAUCUCAGGAUCCACAUGCAACUUUCAGAGUUUGCUAUACACCUUACACACAGCCUAGUUUUCUAAACUCGCCGUCACAGGCACAUCUAAUUGAUUCCACUAGAGUCCAGUUCCCAGUUGAGUUGUCAGUACAAGCAGACCCACCCAACCGAGUCGACAAUACCCACGCGGCUAUCCAAAGCACUGAGAUAUCACCAGAUAGAGGUCACACCACGGAGGAAGGUAAUCAGUGCUGCCCCGGAAGUAUAGAUGGUAGACAAUGUUCUGUUGAUCUUCAGAACAACUGCCUCCAAUUGUCUACUAUUGUUGUCACCACUGCAGAAACAGAGAGGAUUAUUAAGUCAUCGAGAUGGGUCCGGACUCGCAGGCUAUUCCCGGAGGAAUCAGUUGUGAACAUGCAAGUACCCAUUAUAGACGAUCCACUUGAAGAUGAUCCAUUGGGAAAUGCUGGUAUAAUGAUCUGCUCCUUCCACUUGUCCACAUAA